AUGAUGAUAAAUCAAAAGCUUCUUGAAAAUUCAUUUAAAUUAUUUCAGGGUCAACAUUUAGAUGUGAUCUGUUUUAACCGUUACAACUCCUGGUACCACGAUACGGGAAGGUUAGAGGUGAUAACUGGCAACGUAGUCGAGGAGGCAACAGCAUGGCAUAGGGAGCAUAAUAAGCCAGUCAUUAUGACAGAGUAUGGCGCUGAUACCAUUGCAGGGUUGCAUUUGAUGCCUGAAUACGUGUGGUCUGAAGAGUAUCAAGUAGCGCUGAUGUCAGAACAUUUCAAAGCCUUUGAUAAGCUUCGGCAUGCUGGUUUUUUUUCUGGAGAAUUUAUUUGGAACUUUGCUGAUUUUAAAACUACGCAAAUUAUAACCCGCGUAGGUGGUAAUAAAAAGGGUAUCUUCACGAGAUCAAGGCAACCCAAAGCGUCUGCGCAUCAUCUUCGUGCUCGCUAUCGCGCUCUUGCUUCUGAAGACGGCGUUAUUCCCCCCUUCGUUGGCAAUUACAUAAGUGACGUGAAACCAGCCCAAUCCCAUAAUGAACUAUGA